CCUCUUAAACCCUCAUCAUUUCCUUGUUAUCUGAUUUGCAGGAAUCCAAGACUUAAGCAACCAUGUCCAACUCCACUGAGGCAGAACUCAUACACAUGUUUAAGGGAAUUCCCUUUACCACCAGGUCUUCUCCAGAACUUUUAAAAUCCUUGGAUACUUUUGAGGCUAGAGAAGAUGAUGUCCUUUUGGUUUCCUAUCCCAAAUCAGGCACCCACUGGCUUGCAGGAGUUAUAACAAAGCUUUAUGAUACUGAAGUUACAAUAACAUCUCCCAUUGAAUUUGGAGACAUUUCCAAACUGGAGGAGCUGAAUAAUAUCUCAACAAAGAGAAUCAUUCCAACACACUUAGACUACAACAUGUUACCUCCAAAUUUUAAGAAAAAGAAAUGCAAGAUGAUGUACAUCAGCAGAAAUCCCAAAGACACUGCUGUUUCCAUGUAUCAUUACUACAGAGAUAACCCAAACCUUCCCACUGUAGAUACCUGGGCUGCUUUCUUUGACUUGUUCUUAAAAGGGAAUGUUGUCUGUGGAUCCUGGUUUGAUCAUUUCCUAAGUUGGGAAGAACAUGAAGAUGACAAAAACAUCUUAUUUUUGUUCUAUGAAGACAUGAAGAAGGAUCUCCCUAAGGUUGUAAAGAAAAUUGCUUUGUUCUUGAGUUUAAACACCAGUGACAAAGAUAUCCAAGAUAUCUGCAGUAAGUCCUCGUUCUCAGAGAUGAAAAAUGACACAGAAAAGGAGAACAGUGAUCCCAGUCACACUGUGUGUGCUCUGACAUCCAACAGGAAGCUGAUUUUCCGAAAAGGUGCUGUUGGUGAUUGGAAGAACCAUUUCACUCCAAAGCAGAAUAGGAGGUUUGAGGAGAUAUUUAAUGAGAAAAUGAAACGCAGCAAAAUGGCAAAAUGUUUCAUCUAUGAAGUUUGACUCCAUGUGAAGAACAACACGCAGUUAUCAACAAAUGGGAUAUGAACAGACUUCUUAGAUCCGAAUUAGGAAUUUUACCCAUGAUAUUAUGGAAAAGAAAAAAAAAGGAACCUGUAAAAAACAAGAUAGAAAAAGUCUAAAAAAACUUCAUAAGAAAAUGACCAAAAUUUUGACCCCAGACUCACUCCUUCUGUAAUACAUCAUGAUUUAUGAACUGCCUAUCUUACUGGACAUUGUUAUUGACACCGAAGUUGAAAACUGCAGCUGUGUAUUUGACAAUCCAUGGUGAAGUCUGUUUACAAAAUGUUUCUUUUUUUUUUUUUUACAAUGUGUAGUUCUUUGAUGUAACUUAUUUCUGGGUUAGAUACCGUAUAUUGUAUAUACGGUAUAAAUGUAUUAAAUGCAACUGAUAUAAAUCCAA